GAAUUGAAAAUGUGUUGCUUGUAAUAGGUUAUGCUGUAUAAAAUGUGCAAAUGUAGACGAAAUAUGGAUAUAAGUAAUUUAUUUAUCAAUUUUAAAUCUAUUUAUUUAUUAUUUUUAUUAUGUGUGUUAAUUCGCGUGUCGAAUUGUUUAUUUGAAGAUCAAGUUGGAAAAUUUGAUUGGAAGCAAAGUUUUACGGGUAAACUCAAAUUUAGUGCUAUAGAAAGUGUUACUAAUUCACGUAAAGUUAUUGUAGCUACAGAGGAAAAUGUAUUAGCUGCUUUACAUUAUAAGUCAGGUGGUAUAAGCUGGAGAAAUGUGUUUGAGGAUGGUCCUAGGGGAAAUAUUUCAUUUUUACAUGUAGAUAAGGAAAUAGUAACAAUUACUGGUGAAACACCAUUUACUAUAAGAGGUUGGGAUGUAAGAACGGGUUCGGCAAUAUGGGAAUGGUCUAUGCAACUAGCAAACAUAGACAAGAAUGCAUUUAAACAAUUUUGGUUUGUUAAGAAUAAUGAUCUCUAUCAUGUAUUGUCAGUUAUAAAUUCACACAUAGAACUAACACAGUAUGACUUACGCUCUGGUAGUAAUAAACAGAAGUCACAGAAGAUCCCAGCAAAUUGGGUUAAUGAUAGAUGUGUGCUGUCUGAUAGUUAUUUUGUGUGUGCAAAUGGUGGUGUUAUGAUAGGAGUGGAUCUUCUGAGUAGAGACGCACAAACAUUUCAAAUUGAAAUUGGAUCUCAAAAUGAGGACAAAAUUGAAUCUACAAAGGGUAAUUUACCAAGUAUUAUUGUUAAUAAUAAACUAUACAAGAUCCGAAAUAAUGCUUUUGUACAAACACCAAUUACAUAUCAAAUCGGUGAUUCUAUGGUGUCAUUAAUCAUUAAUGGUGAAGAAAUCAUUUUGAAGUCAUUCAUUGAUAAAUCAAAGAUACUGCAUUUAGUUGGAAACACUGAAAGUGAGCAAGUGACUAUUGGUCAAUCAAUUCCAUAUCCACAAAACUUUUCAACUCCCAAAAUUGCUGAUGUUUUUUGUUUGCAAAAGGGCCAGAAAUUUUUGUGUAGUACUUUAUAUCAUACAGAUGACAAUGUUGUGUUUCUUAAAACACCUGAAAAAAUUUCUUGGUAUCGUGAAGAAUCAUUAUCAGAUGUGACAGCUGUUAGAAUGAUGGAUCUUCCGUUAACUGAAGAUAGCUUGCAGGAUGCUGUUCAAAAAGCUAGCGAUUCAUUGGAAAUGUUUAGAAAAAGACUGUUACUUCAGGUUGUCCAUUUUAAACAUUUUCUUAUAUCUUUAUUUGGUGCAGAUUCUUCAAAAUUACAGAGAGAAAACUUAGUACGAGAUUCCUUUGGUUUACAUAAAAUUAUUAUUAUUGUUACAAGUGUGGGCAAGGUAUUUGGUAUAGACAAUAUUGAUGCUACAAUUCAUUGGUCACGAUAUAUUCCAGCGUUAGCCAAAAAACGGGACGAUUUUCAUAUAGAAUUAAUUGAACAAAGAACAACUAAAUAUUCUCCUCAUGAAGCACAGUGUGCCAUUAUAGGAAAUAAUCAAAUUAACAGAAAUGGAUUUAUUUUUCAAUUCAAUCCUAUUAAUGGGCAAGAUAUUGGAAAUGGAUUCAUAAAUCUGCCUUAUGUAAUUAGGCAAUAUACAUUACUUGCUGAAAAUGAAGAUUUUCUCAAACCAUUGCUUAUAUUAGAUGAUAAUAAUUUGCCUCAUGUACAUCCUGAGAAGGAUAAAAAAUUAGCUGUUGGCACAUACAUGUAUACAAUUAGUAAACAAUCUGGUGUUGCUAAUGGAUUUAUUAUGGAAAUCCAGAAGGACCUUUUAGUUGCUUUGCCUGUAUGGUCUCUACAACUAACAAUGCCAGAUCAUAUUGUGUCACAUAUUGCUUCAAAAAAUUUGAUUGAGCGUGUUAACUCUCAAGGAAGAGUUUUAGCAGAUCGUUCAGUACUUUAUAAGUAUCUCAAUCCUAAUUUGGUGGCUGUUGUGACACAAGGACCAGAUCCUAUGCAUAAAAGUGUCAUGAAUGUUAUACUAUUAGAUGUAGUUUCUGGUAAAAUCAUAUCAUCCACAUCUCACAUUCGUGCUAAGGAGCCUAUUCAUAUAGUACAUUCUGAAAAUUGGCUAGUGUAUUCGUAUUUCAAUGAGAAAAGUAGACGAACAGAAAUUGGUACUAUGGAAAUGUAUGAGGGAAAAUCCCAACCCAAUACAACGAUAUGGAGUUCUUAUAAAUCAGCACAGCCAAUGGUCGAGAAACAGACUUACAUAUUUCCAGGGCAAGUUGAAGCACUGCGAGAAACAAUCACUAUAAGAGGAAUCACUGCUAAACACGUAUUAAUUGGUACCAGCUUCGGUAGCAUUUUAGAAAUGCCUUGGAUAUUUUUGGAUCCUCGACGUCCUGUCACAAUCACAGGUGAAGCUAGAGAUGAAGGUGUUCUGCCAUAUAUGCCUGAAUUACCAAUGCCAAGUGAAGGCAUUGUUAAUUACAACAAAUCAAUAGAAAAAAUUAAAGACAUUGUAGCUGUACCCAGCGGGUUAGAGUCUACCUGUUUAGUUUUGGUUCAUGGUUUAGAUAUGUUUUAUACAAGAGUUGCCCCAUCACAAACAUUUGAUCUUCUUAAAGAAGAUUUCGAUUACUGGAUGAUAAUGAUAGUAUUGAGUGUAUUGACAGUCACUGUUUUCACGAGCAAACAUUUGGCAAACCGUAGGGCCUUACGGCAAGCGUGGCAUUGAUUAAUAAGUAAUUAGUGGAUUGUUAAUAGUUAUAAUGUAAUUUGUACUGAUCACACUCACCAGUAAGUCAUUGUGUUAGACUGAUUUAAAAUUCAUUACUGAUCAAUAGAACCACAAUUUUAAAAUAUCUGUCAAAAAGUUAAAUUAUUAAUAAUGGCUGUAUAUUUAUUACAAAUGUGCAG